UGAGUGCCUGCUCCGCAUCUCUUCCGCUGUUCACCAGUGCGUUAUGGUACAUCUAUGGUUCAUCUAAUGCGCGACCAGGAAUACGUUUGUACAACACACUUUUUAUAUAUAGCAGACACAUCACCUGUGAUAAAUCGGGUUGCUGGAGAGUUAGCCUUCACGGAAAGAGCUAAACUUUUAUAACUUACGACCUGCCAAUACCAGGUGCGUCUUAUCGAAUUAUUGAAGUUGAUCCACUGCAUUGGUGAGUAAAUUCGAACCGAUAUUUACAUGCAUUUCCACCAGUUUUUUGGUUGCAGCAGUUGUGUUCUUGUGAUAGAUUGAUUCCACUGGGACUCGAAGUUUGCUUAUGGUUAAUGCAUGACAUGAUUGCUAAUUCUGUAAUCAGUAUGCAGCGGACACAGCAUUCCUGCGGCGGCUGUUCACUGAGUUGACCAAGGUUUUUGUGGUGUAUGGCGCGCAUAAUUUUCUAGUGGCAGACAUUUUCACCACUUGACCAAGAUAUCCUCCUUUCCUGUCCCAUUUCCCUCAACACACUUGCAGGUGCCAAUUACUCCACCUCUGUGGUGAAGAAGCAAGCUUGCCUGUCACUAUUGACCCCCCCUCUAUCCACCUUCAAUGUCAAAUCUCUGUCUCCAAAGUGGAGAGAAUUACCAAGGCUUUUGUAUACAAUCAAGACCAAGGAACAACAGCCCUAGUCCUAUACACAGAGCUUGACUUUUUCCCUUUUCUACAAUCAAAGCUCUCUUCUUCAAGGUUAUAUCCUCUUUGUCUUUUUUCUUUUUUGGAAAACAUUGGGUCAAGAGGACAGUGGGAAGCAGGCCCUGAGGAUUUUUACAUUUUCUUCUCCGCUGUGUGAUUUUAUUCUCUCCUGUGCUUGGUGCUUGUUGGAGGGGGCCUAAAUGAGGUGGUGUGGCUCAGGAAGCUUGGGGAGAGCAGGAACUCUCCUUGCUCUGCUGUUUCCCCUCUGGGAGCUGGGCUGCUGGGGGUUGAUCUCCGCCUCUGGAGGCCAGAACCAGGCGCAGCACACUACUGUGGGCCCCUGGGAGAUGCUUCACAGGCACAAACGCAGCUGGGUAUGGAACCAGUUCUUUGUCCUGGAGGAGUACACAGGCGAGGAACCUUUGUAUGUUGGCAAGCUCCACUCAGACGUGGACAAAGGGGAUGGCAAGGUGAAAUACGUGCUUUCAGGAGAGGGCUCCACCUCCAUCUUUACCAUUGAUGAGAACACGGGAGACAUCCACGCCACCAAGCGUCUGGACCGGGAGGAGCAAGCCUAUUACACGCUUCAGGCCCAGGCCGUGGACCGGAUCACCAACAUCCCUGUGGAGCCCAGGUCAGAGUUCCUGGUCAAGGUCCAGGACAUCAAUGACAAUGAGCCCAAGUUCAUGGACGGGAACUACAUGGCCGGGGUACCGGAGAUGUCAGCAUUGGGAACAAUGGUGGUCCAAGUGGCAGCCACAGACGCAGAUGAUCCGACAUAUGGGAACAGUGCCAGGGUGGUCUACAGCAUCAUCAGCGGACAACCCUACUUCUCAGUGGAACCAAAAACAGGCAUCAUCCGGACAGCGCUGCCCAACAUGGACCGAGAGGUGAAAGACCAAUACAUUUUGGUCAUCCAGGCCAAAGACAUGGUGGGCCAGAUGGGCGGCCUUUCAGGCACAACCUCUGUCACGAUCACUCUCACUGACGUCAACGACAACCCGCCACACUUCUCUCGUAAGAACUAUCAGUACACUGUGCUGGAGUCCUUGCCUGUGGCAUCCGUGGUGGCCAGGGUCAAGGCUGUGGAUGCAGACAUAGGCCCCAAUGCAGAGAUGGAGUAUAGGAUCAUGGAGGACGGACCUGGGUUGUUCAACAUCACUACAGAUGAGGACACGCAAGAGGGUGUCAUCACCCUUCAAAAGCCGUUAGACUUUGAGACCAAGGACAGCUUUAAUGUGCGAAUCGAAGCCACCAAUCGGAACAUCGACCCUGCGUUUGUGCACCUGGGUUCGUUCAGCGACAUAACGUCGGUCGAGGUGACGGUGGAGGACGUGAAUGAGUCGCCUGUGUUCUCAACGCAGCUCAGCAGGAUGGUGGUCUCUGAGGAUGCCAGAGUUGGCACCUCUAUCGGGAGAGUCGCCGCGCACGAUCCGGACUCCUCCAACAGUGCUAUCAGGUACUCCAUAGAUAGAAACACAGACCUGGAGCGUUUCUUCAAUGUGGAUGCUCUGAGUGGGGUCAUCAGUACUGCCAAGCCCCUGGACCGAGAGGUCAACUCUGUCCACAACCUCACCAUACUCGCCAUGGAGAGUCAGGAUCCAACAAAGAUUGGAAAAGGUUUUGUGGCCAUCACAGUGCUGGACAUCAAUGACAACGCUCCGGUGUUUGCCAUCGCGUAUGAGACCCUCCUAUGUGAGAAUGCAGCUCCUGGACAGGUCAUCCAGACGAUCAGCGCCGUGGACAAGGAUGAGCCUCUCAGUGGUCAUCGCUUCUACUUUGCCCUACCUGCGUCUGUGGCUAGCAACAGCAACUUCACUCUCCGAGACAACAGAGACAACACGGCGUCUAUCGUAACGAAACGUGGAGGGUUUCGAAGACAGAAGCAGAUGCUGUACCGACUGCCCGUGUUGAUUGUCGACAGUGGAAGCCCCGCCCUCAGUAGCACCAACACCUUAUCAGUGAACGUGUGUGACUGUGACUCGGACGGUGUGGCCCAAUCGUGUGGAGCCAUGUCAUACACACUUCCUGCCGGCCUCAGUACAGGGGCCCUGUUCUCCAUUCUGGGAUGCAUCAUUACACUGCUGGUGAUGGUGCUGCUGAUCGUGUCGAUGCGUCAGAGGAAGAAGGAGCCAUUGAUUCUGGAGGAGGAGAGGGACGUGAGGGAGAACAUCGUCCGCUACGACGACGAGGGUGGAGGAGAGGAAGACACGGAGGCCUUCGACAUGGUAGCCCUCCGCAACCUCAACGUCAUCAGAGACCCCAAGGUCCGGCGAGACGUCAUCCCUGACACCCACACCUUCUUCCCCUACCCGACGUCCUCCUCCUCGCAGGCUGUCCACAAAACCCUGCCAGACAAUGUGGUGUUCAGAGAGUUCAUCUGGGACCGGCUGAAAAAUGCAGAUGUUGAGCCGUCAGCUCCGCCGUACGACUCUUUGCAGACGUACGCCUUUGAGGGGAGUGGAUCGGUAGCUGAAUCGUUAAGCUCCUUGGAGUCGCUAAGUACAGACUCAGAGCAGAACUACGACUAUCUCAGCACCUGGGGGCCACGUUUCAAGAAGCUAGCCGACCUGUAUGGCAACAGCGACGGCAAUAGCAAUGGCAACAGCGUGUUGUCAUAGCCAAAACUUUCCUGAACUUAGACAACAAAUGUGUUAUGAUAAAAAAAGAAAAUGAACAACUAAACUACCAAAGGGCAGAGAAGGGGGUGAGAGUCUGUAAACAAAGUGAGAUUGGGAAAAUACAAAUGACUUCAAAGGUUGGGUUUGUUUAUGUGCCUUGGAUUUGGGAUUUUCAAAAGGGGUGACUUGGCAAGUUUUGACAAGUCAUUUCAAAAGUGAGUUGACUGAAGAGGAAACCUUGUGAGCAAAAACAUUAAAGGUUUUCAAAGCUGGGCUGAGGUCCAGCGUACAUGGUAGGCUACAGUAUAUUUAUGUGGAGAAACCUGUUCUCUCAUUCCUGACAUGGGCACAGACCCAGCAGUCUUGCAUUGAUGCAUUUUCUUGCUCUUUUCGUAAAAAACAACAACACUUUUCUCCUGAAGUGCCCGGUCCCCGGUGGCUAAUCGGUAGAGUAGUCACUCAACUAUUCAUUUGAAAGUCAUGAAGAGUGUCAACGUUUUGUUUUUGUUCUGUGUUUUUCACAGAGAAAAACCAAUCAUCAAAUCAAAUGAGUCACAUACACAUAUUUAACAGAUGCGGGUGUAGAGAAAUCUGUUAAAUAUGUGUAUGUGACCAAUUUGAUUUGAUUUGAUGAUUGUUUUUUCUCUGUGAGUCUGACUUAAUAUAUUUUCUUCAGCUCCAACAGUGCAGUAAUGUCUAACAAAUCACAACAAUACACACAAAUCUAAAAGUAAAACAAUAAAUAUUAGGACAAGCAAUGUCGGAGUGGCAUUGACUAAAAUACAGUAGAAUAGAAUACAGUAUAUACAUAUGAAAUGAGUAAAGCAGUAUGUAAACAGUAUUCAAGUGAUUAAUGUUCCAUUAUUAAAGUGACCAGUGAUUCCAUGUCUGUGUAUAUGGGGCAGUAGCCGGCUAGUAAUGGCUAUUUAACAGUCUGAUGGCCAUUGAGAUAGCGCGGUGAACAGGCCACUCUUCAACCUCCUGAGAUUGAAGAGGCGCUGUUGCACCUUCUUCACCACGCUGUUUGUGUGGGUGGACCAUUUCAGAUCCUCAGUGAUGUGUACGCCAAGGAACUAGAAGCUUUCCACCUUCUCCGGUGUGGUCCCGUCGAUGUGGAUAGGGGCAUGGUCCCUCUGCUUUUUCCUGAAGUCCAUGAGCAGCUCCUUAAUUUUGUUGAGGGAGAUGUUAUUUUCCUGCCACCAUUCCGCCAAGGCCCUCACCUCCUCCCUGUAGGCUGCCUCGUCAUUGUUGGUAAUCAGGCGUGUCGUCCACACACUUGAUGAUUGAGUUGGAGGCAUUUUUUGGCCACGCAGUCAUGGGUGAACAGGUAAUACAGGAUGGGGCUGAGCACGCACCCUUGUGGGGCCCCUGAGUUGAGGAUCAGUGAAGGGGAGGUGUUGUUUCCUACCUUCACAUGGAGAGUUCUAUCGUGUUGAAGGCUGAGCUAUAGUCAAUGAAAAACAUUCUUACAUAGGUAUUCCUCUUGUCCAGAUGGGUUAGGGCAGUGUGCAGUGUGAUGGCGAUUGUAUCUGUGUAUCUAUUUGGGCAGUAAGCAAAUUGAAGUGGAUCUAGGGUGUCAGGUAAGGUAGAGGUGAUAUGAUCCUCAACUAGCCUCUCAAAGAACUUCAUGAUGACAGAACUGAGUGCUACGGGGUGAUAGCAAUUUAGUUCAGUUACCUUUGCUUUCUUGUGUACAGGAACGAUGGUGGACAUCUUUGAAGCAAGUGGUGACAUCAGGCUGGGAUAGGAAGAGAUUAAAUAUGUACGUAAACACUCCAGCAAGUGGGUCAGCGCGCAUGCCCUAAGGAUGCAGCUAGGGAUGCCGUCUGGACCGGCAGCCUUGAGGGUUAACACACUUAAAUGUGUUACUCACGUCGGCCACGGAGAAUGAGAGCCCACAGUCCUUGGGAGCGGGCUGCGUCGAUGACACUGUGUUAUCCUCAAAGCGGGCGAAGAAGGUGUUUCGCUUGUCCGGGAGCAAGACGUCGGCGUCCACGACGUGGCAGGUUUUCCCUUUGUAGUCAGUGAUUGUCUGUAGACUCUGCCACAUACGUCUUGUGUCUUAGUCCCUGAAUUGCGACUCCACUUUGUCUCUGUACUGACGUUUUACCUGUUUGAUUGCCUUACAGAGGGUAUAACUACACUGUUUGUAUUCAACCAUAUUCCCAGUCACCUUGCCAUGGUUAAAUGUGGCGGUUCAUUGCUAUGUGUCAAGUAGUCAAGUGUACAGAUCUGUUCAAAAGGAACCAAUGCUGUUAAUUUCCUGAGAGAGCUCUGAAAUCUGCGUACAUUUUCUCCUCUUAACAUUGCAUUUAACAGAUGUUAGAAUGUGGUGUUUGCCUUUGAAGUCUGUUUCCCUCAGGCUCAUUCAAGUCCACUGUUAUGUAAUAAUGAUGUAAUAACAAUGAUGUAACGUUAUGGUUGAGAUGGAAAAUCCACAUCCACCUGGUUGAACCUUUAAAUAAAGUGUUUUUCAUUAUUUGCAAAGGAAUUCGGAAUUCACAGUCGAUGUUGGAUACUUGCAACAUUGACUUGAAUAAAGUGAAGGCUUUUUUGAAUGGGAUUCAAUGCUGGGCUGAAUUGUAAUUCUAUACCUUAAUUUAACUAGGCAAGUCAGUUAAGAACAAGUUCUUAUUUUCAAUGACAACCUAGGAACAGCGGGUUAAACUGCCCUUUUCAGUGGCAGAAAGGCAGAUGUUUAACUUGUCAGCUUUGGAAUUCGAUCUUGCAACAAUUUUGGUUACUAAUCCAACGCUCUAACCACUAGGCUACCUGCCGCCCCAUGGGUCAAAUAACUAAAAUACAUUGCUCUCCAUGUAGCUCACAGUAAAUGCAGCAAAUUUGUUUGUCCAAAAUGUAUUUUGCAGAAUGAAUAAUUUCGUUAAUUGGUACGUGACACACACUGUUUGGUGAGAAAACAGGAGGCAAAGGAAGUAUUUUCUUUCAAACAAAAUGCCUUAUAAACUGUUCCCAUUGGAAGUCAGCAUGUUAAAUCAAACAUUAUUCUUAUUUAUUUUGAAGAAUCAUAAAUGUGAUGUUUGCGGAUGUUUUUAUCCUUUUUGUGGACAAUAAAAAUUCAGUUCCUCAAAA